AUGGCUCCUCUUUAUUUCUUCUCUACCUUUCUUUUAACUAUUGUUGUUUCGUUUCCAAUCACCAAUGCGUUAGGCUCUGCAUCCUGCGAACCGAUUAAGGCCAACGACAAGGAUCUGAUUCAAUUUCCUCUCAACUUAGAAUUCCUCGAAGCAGAGUUCUUUUUGAAUGGUGCACUCGGUCGUGGACUCGAUGCCUUUGAACCAGCUUUUGCCGCAGGUGGUCCUCCUCCAAUUGGUGCCCAAAAGGCCAACCUUGAUCCUGUUACCCGUCGAAUCAUUGAGGAAUUUGGCUAUCAAGAAGUUGGCCAUUUGAGGGCUAUUAUAACAACCGUUGGUGGAACUCCAAGACCUCUGUAUGAUCUCAGUCCUCAAGCAUUUGGAAAACUAUUUGACAAAGCAAUUGGCUACAAAUUAGACCCUCCAUUUAACCCUUACUCCAACACAGUCAACUAUCUCUUAGCGUCGUAUGCUAUCCCUUAUGUGGGACUAGUAGGAUAUGUUGGCACCAUUCCACUCUUAGCCAACUAUACUUCUAAAAGCCUUGUUGCGUCACUCUUGGGUGUAGAGUCUGGACAGGAUGCUGUAAUACGGGCAUUACUCUAUGAGAAAGCUAAUGAGAAAGUUCUGCCUUAUAGCAUAACCGUGGCUGAAUUCACUAACGCAAUCUCAAACGUGAGGAAUGAGCUUGCCAUGUGUGGUAUUAAAGAUGAAGGUCUAAUUGUACCUUUGUAUCUUGGGGCUGAGAACAGAACUGAAAGUAACAUCUUAUCAGCAGAUACCAAUUCACUCUCUUAUGCACGUUCACAACCUGAGAUUCUAAGGAUACUUUAUGGAACUGGGAGUGAGUACAAACCUGGUGGAUUUCUCCCCAGAGGUGGAAAUGGCAAGAUCGCAAGGAGUUUUCUUGAUAAGGUUUAG